AAACGAGUUUGCGUCUCACUCUCUCUGGUAUUGUCAAUCAGCCAUAAGCAGCGCAGUAAGCCGUGCUCUGAUUGGCCGGGGCUGCUGGACCAAUGGGAUGAGCGGGAUGGCGGGAGUGCGGCCAGGCCUGGUGAAGCGGUUGACGAGAGGAGAGUCCGACACCCGCUGCUCUGCCUGAACUUCAACUCGCGGCCGCUGUUGGCGUCGCCCCAUCCCCCCGGUGCGCGCGCGCGGUCAGCUCCCUGAACCCGUUGAAGCUGAUGGUGGUGGUUCGCGGCCGCUGACGUAUUCAAGCCGUCGUUUGCCUUUGUUGUCGCGUGGGCGGGUGGGAGUGAAGAAAAAAUAUUCACAAGGUUGUCAAACAUAUGGCAAAGUGGAUGGUGGCACAAUGAGUGGUGAGCCUGAUGCAUUAGCAGUAGUAAACCAGCUGCGAGAUCUGGCAUCUGACCCUCUAAAUAGACGACCAAUUGUCCAGGAUCAGGGAUGUUUACCUGGGUUGAUACUUUUCUUGGAUCACCCAAACCCUCAAGUUGUUUACUCUGCCCUAUUGGCCCUGCGUUAUUUGGCAGAAUGCAGGUCCAACAGAGAAAAGAUGAAGAGCGAACUGGGCAUGCUGCUGAGCUUGCAAAAUGUGAUCCAAAAAACUACAACACCUGGCGAAACCAAGUUUUUGGCAAACGAAGUGUACGAAAUCUUGCAGUCAUCCAGCAGUCCAGAGUCCGAAAACACAAAUGAGUACAACUCGCAUAGGCGCAAAGCACAGUUCUUUCUGGGCAGCACUAACAAACGUGCAAAAACCGUUGUCUUGCAGAUAGAUGGUUUGGAUGAUGCGUCUCGUAGAAAUAUGUGUGAAGAAGCCCUUUUGAAAAUUAAAGGUGUUAUCAGUUUUACCUUCCAAAUGGGAGUAAAAAGAUGUGUUGUGCGAAUCCGAUCCGAUCUAAAAGCAGAGGCACUGGCAUCUGCUAUUGCAGCAACUAAAGUUUUGAAAGCCCAGCAAGUGAUCAAAAAUGAAACUGGAGAAGAGGUGCUGGUUCAUUUCCAAGACACCCCUGUUGAUGUUGAACAGAACACAGAUUUACCAGAUUACUUACCUGAAGACGAGAGUCCCAGUAAGAAUGGUGACAAAGCUGUGUCUCGUGUUGGGAGCACACAGGAUGGCAGUUACAGCUGGUUCAGGACAGCAACAAACUUUUUAUCUAGGUCAUUUUAUUGGUGACAGGUGGUUUAGUUAAACCACAACUUGACAUCAGUGGGACUGUUGAAAGGGGGAGACUGUUUUUCCAAUUGGUGUGGUGAACUGAUAAGUGCAAUUUGCAAUUAAUGCAACAAUGGUCACAAUUUAUAGAGGCUUUAAGUAUGCUGCAUUUUCACUUAAGCAAGAUGUUAAGCCAUCAGGGAUAGAGGAGGUUGCUUCUGAUUCUGCCUUUAUCGUUAAAUUGCCUCGCAAUCAUGUUUUGUUUUCCCUCAAACGGGUCCACAUACGUAUCAAACUACAUCAGACUUUAGCAGCCUGCAUUUGAAUGGAUCCUUCUGCAACAUCUUGUGCCGAGGUACCCAAUUUUGAACCUAUCACUUGAUUAUUGUACAGAAGCCUCACUCAGAUAUGUUACCAUAAGGAAUAUUGCAUGAAUUAUGCCUUUUUAUUGAUUUUCAUGUUUGAAUAUUUUCUGUUUGCUUAAUUUUGCCUUAUUCUGAUAAUUCUGAAGCCUGUAUGUUUAUGCCUUUUUAUUUUUGUUUCUAUAAAUUUGAGAUUUGUUAUCCCUUUCUGUCUGACUGACAUGUCUUUGUAAUUUAUUAUUGUUCAGCCAUUUCUAUAUAUACAGGUAGAGCCCUACUUAGUGUACAGUAAGUGAGCUGAAAUGUUUCCUUUUAAAUGAGUUUCAUAGCGUUGAAUCUGUCAAAAGCCCAUUAACUGCACUUUUGAGUAAAAUGUCUUGACCAUACACAUGCAAUCCACCACCUCAUUUUAUUUACCUGUCAGAACAUGUAUUAAAACUGGUUUGACAUUUGAAUGUGUGUCAUGGGUGAUAGGUAUGUACAAUAUACAUCAUAGAAACAGUUGCAUUAUUACUAACAAUUCAUGUAACUAACAAUUAGUUUGUAUCAAUAGCCUGUAUAUUCCAUAAAUGUUUAUCACUGUAACUACAUUUUCCAUUAAAAUUAUUGUACAUGGA